GGAAGAUUAGAAGAUGAAAACACAGUUGCUUGCCGAAUUAUUCCCCAAAUAGCACAUUCUCACCUCUGACAGAGUUCAAUGGCUUAUUUCAGUAUAUUACCCUGUGAAUGAAGUAAAACUAUGUAUUCUCAAUAGCUACCUCUACACUACAGAACCCUAUAUAAACUCUUUCAUCUCUCUAGAUAGUCUGCAGUAACACCUGUAACCCUGCCAGCCAUGGUCGUUCCUGUCAUCCCGGCCUUAUGCUGAAUUUUUCGUGACUGCAUAUUCCUGUCAGCCUGGCCCUCAGCCCAAUUUUCCCAUGACAGCAUAUUCGCAUCCCUUGGCCCACAGACGGGACAAUUUUGUCACCCAGAUCCAGUGAGAUAACAGGUAGAUGACAGGCAGAGAACAGAAUGAUCAAGAGAGCUCAGACAAGUUCAUAUGAUCACCACCAAAAUGGCGGGGAGGCCAGACAUAUAACAAGUAUUUUUUCUAUGAGGAACUGGAUACGAGUAGCUGUUUUGACAGCUAUCAUAGUUGCUGUUAUAAUCCUCUUUGACAGAGGACAGGUCAUAAAGAUAACUACCAUAAAUCAGGUCAAGAAAUCCUCCACACUAAACAAAUAUGAUGUGUGGCCUCCAUUCUCUGUCAAGCAGAAACAUACUAGGGAAUGGUUUGUGGUGGAAUGCUUUAGUGGAACACAGUCAGAAGAUGUGGAAAGUGUAUUUGGACACAUCUUAUCCUUGUGGUCAGAGUCUGAGAAUCCUGAGUGCAUUGAUUCAUACCAGAAGUUUACCGAGCUUUAUGAAGUGCACGAUCGCUAUUCCAAGAGGCUGGAGUUACCCGAGCUCUUUGCCAAACAAGUGAACUCAUGGUUUCAAGGCAAUAAGGCACUGAUGGAGGAUAUCCACCACCAGCACCUGAUCCACGUGUUCCACCCACUAACAGCUGAGCAUACUGUAUAUAAUCCUGUUCGAGCAAAGCGGCCAAUGCCGACCCAGCAGACGAAUCUCUACGAAUGGUUGGAAAAGCUUUCAGAAGAGACCAGUAAAAACUGCGAUUUCUGCAAGUACAAUGAGAUGACUGCCGUUGAUGAAUUUGGAAGAGAUGAUAAGAGUGACACGGCGCGGGUGACCAACACUUUCAAAGUGGAGGCAUGGCACAGCAUGGUGGUGACCAAGCACCUCCAUCACCCACUUAACUUCACCAAGGAACUUAUGAAUCAUUUCUUCAAGGCUGCCAUGUCCUGGAUAUAUGAAGUGAGCCGCAAGGAUCCUGCCUACAUCUACCCCAACAUAGCAUGGGACACAUUGCAUCAUGCAGGGGCUUCCCAGAUCCACCCACACAUCCACAUGAUGAUGGCUCCUGACCACUACUACGGAUACUUUGAACUCUUGCGCUCGGCGGCCCAGAGGUACUACCAGGAGAAGGGUGAGAACUACUUCAACGCUGUGUUGGAGGUCCAUGCUGCUUUGGGGCUGGUGGUGGAGUACGGAGAUGCCGUAGCUAUACCUACCAUGACAGGCAAAGCAGAUCUGGAAGUAAUGUUUCUGAGUGAUUACCCUGGGGAAGAUUUCUACAGUCUUAUUUACCACACAAUUAAUGCUUACCAUGAUACAUUCACACAGUUUUGCAAAAGUUUUGUGGGUGCUUGGCCAGCUCUUGGAACCACAGAGGCAGCUUCCAGGGGCAGAAUGCCUACCGUGGCAAGACUCAUUUCCAGAGGUGACUGCACUUCCCUCAGAACAGAUUUCAGCUCAUAUGAGAUCUUCCAGAUUGUGUACAGAACACAUGACCCUUGGCAAAUUGUAGCAGCAAUCAAAAAAGCUAUUAAGAAAAAUGGUGGUAAUUAAGUUAUCCAAUAGGUCAUGUUCUCAUGAUGACACAUUUGUUAUUUUUGUUGGUCUCGAUAGUAUCAUUAUUAUUAAUAUAUUUUGUUUUUGAAAUAAUUUCAAUUUAUAUUUAUUUAUUUCUGGAUAGCAUAUAUGCAUUAAUAUUAUAUGUAUGUGUGUAUGCAUUAUUAUUGUUAUUAUUGAUCUGUUAAACUUUUGUUUCACAACCAUUUUUCGCUCCCCAACUGUGCACUUGCUGUGGCAGUGUUUAUUAGGUGUGAGAGAAGAAAAAAUAUUUUGGCAUAAUUGAUCUGUUAAACUUUUUUUAUAGUAAUAUUUGUUUCUCCAGUGAUUCACUUGCUAUGGCUGUGUUUAUCAGGUGCCAUUGUACACCAUAGUAUUCUUAGCCAAGGCUUUUUGUUUGAAGAAACCUGUGAUAGGAUGGAUUAGUUUCCUUGUUUGAACAGUAUUGUUUUCUUGUGUCAGUGUUUACCGUUUUGCAUAAUUACAUAUUGCAAGUUUUAUCUUCAUCACAGAGUAAUAUUUUUGUGGUAAUUUCUCUUUAGAUUCCGUUGCCUCGUUUGACAAUCGUUGGUCUCUCUCCUUUGCAUUUCUUUCUCAAUCAUGAAUACCAUCAAAUCAAAAAUGUUCAACCGUCGUCGUAAUGGGCCUUCCAGUUUCCUUGAAUGUGCGUCAGGAUUAUUUUUCCAAGGGGCUAUUUAGAUACUAUUGAUGUUGUUUGUGAAGUCUUCUGAUCUUUUUUUUGUUUUUGAAGGUGCAGAUUUAUUUCUAGUCUAGAAUCGCAAAUAUGAUACAUUUUAGCGGCGCAAGGUCCACAUUCUGGUUCCAUCUGAGCUGCCAUUUGUGAGAU